AUGUCCACCAUCGUCACCCUCGCAACGCCCGUCCCGGCAACCUCGCUCCAUACAACCCCCCAGCACAAGACAAGGCCACAGCAACACUCAAGAGAGCUCGUCGCUUCAUCACCACCACAUCCUCUCCCCAGAUAUCACCUCAAGCCUCCCCGUGGCUGGAUCAACGACCCCUGCGCCCCCGCCUUCGACGCCGCCACCGGCACCUAUCACCUCUACUACCAAUGGAACCCAAAUUCCUGCGACUGGGGCGACAUCACCUGGGGCCAGUUUACCAGCCGUGAUGGUGUUUAUUGGUCACAGGGCGCAGGCAGCCCUUCUCAACCACAGUCCAAGCCCAUCGCCCCCAUAAUAGACCGGGACCAGCCCUACGACAAGGACGGCAUUUUCACAGGCUGCCUCCAUCCCACAGGUCCCCGUGGCGAGCAAGGCCAGCUCACAGUCUUCUACACAUCAGUCUGCCACUUGCCCCUCCACUGGACCUUGGAGCACACUCGCAACAGCGAGGGCCUGUCCAUGGCCACAUCGACUGAUGGCGGUCGGACAUGGACCAAAUACCCCGGCAACCCCAUCAUCAAGGGCGAGCCAGAGAGCUUGGCCGUCACUGGGUUCCGAGACCCCUUCUUGGCAGAGUGGCCGGCCAUGGACAAGGCUCGUGGCGUAGAGUCGUCAAAGACGAAGACGCUCUACGGGGCCAUCUCUGGUGGGAUACGCGGCAAGAAUCCCACAGCUUUCUUGUACGCUGUCCCAGCUGACAACCUCACCGAGUGGACGUACCUGGGACCGCUGGUGGCUGAUAUGCCUCUGCGCUUCUCGGCAGCACCAGCAGACUUCGAGAGGCUCUUGACCACAUGGAGCGGCAACUUCGGUGUCAAUUGGGAGUGUGUCAACUUCAUGACCCUCGAGUCGCCAACGCACCCCAAUAUCACAAAGGAAUUCAUGAUCACUGGUGCCGAGGGCGGCCUGAAGCCCGGCGCAAAGGAGACUGACGAUAGCCCCUACGGCCAGUGGUCCCUCUGGAUGGCCGGCUGUUUGCGUGCCAACAAAGGGGGUGCAUUGUCCACGACACCUACCGCAAGCAUGAAGCACGAUUACAGCGGGUAUCUUGACCACGGCUGCUUCUACGCAGCCAGCUCGUACAAGCAUCCCGUCACCAACCAACGCGUUGUAUGGGGCUGGUUGAAAGAGGAGGACUUGACGCUUGCCCGACGCGAUGCCAAAGGGUGGACGGGGUACUUGUCGUUGCCUCGCGAGCUGUUCCUCCAGACAUUGGACAACGUGGUUGGCGUAGUUGGCGCGAGCCGGCUGGAGGAUGUAACUUCCAUUGCCGCCACACCUAUCACCGGAAUGAGAUCAAGCCGAACUGUCGAGACACUCGGCAUCCGGCCGCUUCCAAGUCUGCGAGCAUUCCGCUCAUCCCAAUCACCAAAUAACAAGUGGCCAUCAUCUCCCACUUCCACAAGAGCCCAGCCAAAUACCCAACUCCUCACGCCAAGUUCAACAAGCUGGGAACUCGAAGCCACAAUCCGUGUUCCGCGCUCAUCCAACCAGCAACCGAGACGAGUCGGCUUCCAUAUCCGCCACUGCAAAGACCUCGCAAAGCGCUGCACAGUGUACUUUUCACCUGCAGAAGGCAGGAUAUACGUUGACCGCAGCCUGUCCAACACACACAAAGAUAUUUGCAAGACCGAUGCGAGCGGCCCAUUCGCACUCUUCAUCACGUCUGAUCCGACCAGCAGCACCAACGCUAGCACCAGUAGGGCUAAGCCCCACGACGGACAAGAGGCAGUCGAAGCUCUCCGCCUGCGCCUCUUCAGUGAUGGCGACGUGCUUGAGGUCUUCGCCAACGACCGCUUCGCGCUGAGCACCAUGGUUUACUCGGACAAAGGGUGCGACGGGAUCAGCACGUUUGUCGAGCCAAACAGCUCGACAUCGUCAUCGUCAUCCGAGGAGCACAACAAUUUAUUCGAAUCAGUGCAAGUGUGGGACGGGCUAGGCGAGGCACGGGGCAUCCAUGAUACAGCUUUGGAAGCGACAUCGCUGCCCGGGGGCCGGUCAGCGUUAUAG